CAUAGGGGUCCCCAGAGGUCUGGACCUGCUCUCCUGGGCCAGCUCUUCCUCCCGAGUCGUUUCCUGCGGGGCCCCAGGCCCGCAGACCGCGCGGAACUUCCGCCUCGAGCUGCUCGAGGCGUGAGGGGUCUGGGCCCCCCCUCCGCAGCCGCUGGAGCCGAAGCUGCCCCCCCCGUCCUCGGCGGGCCGACGGGCCGACCGGCGCGCGGGCUGCCCCCAUGGCGGCUUCGGCGGCACGGGGCGACACGGUGCGGAUGCAGAAGCUCCUGGAGCUCCUGGAGGCGCUGCGGGGCGUCGAUUCGGCUGUGCGCCGGGAGGCGGCGACGGCGCUCGGGGAGCUCGGCGCCGCGGAGGCCGUGCCCCACCUCCUGGAGGCGUUGCGGGGCGGCGCCGGUAGGCAUGGGCGCCAGGAGGCGGCUGUGCGCCGGGAGGCGGCGGGGGCGCUCGGGAAGCUCGGCGCCGCGGAGGCCGCGCCCCAGCUCCUGGAGGCGCUGCGGGGCGACGCCGAUUCGGAUGUGCGCCGGGAGGCGGCGGAGGCGCUCGGGAAGCUCGGCGCCGCGGAGGCCGCGCCCGGGCUCCUGGAGGCGCUGCGGGGCGACGCCAAUUGGUCUGUGCGCCAGGCGGCGGCGGCGCUCGGGGAGCUCGGCGCCGCGGAGGCCGCGCCCGGGCUCCUGGAGGCGCUGCGGGGCGACGCCGAUUCGGAUGUGCGCCGGGAGGCGGCGGCGGCGCUCGGGGAGCUCGGCGCCGCGGAGGCCGCGCCCGGGCUCCUGGAGGCGCUGCGGGGCGACGACGAUGAGACUGUGCGCUGGGAGGCGGCGGCGGCGCUCGUGAAGCUCGACGCCGCGGAGGCCGCGCCCGGGCUCCUGAGGAUGCUGGAGGAGGACGUUGAUCCGGAGUUUCGCAGAACGGCGGCCAAGGUGCUCGACAGGUUCGACCCCAAGGACCUCGCCUUGCAGCUUGUGCGCACGGUCAGGAACAGGGACAUGAGCAUCCCUUGGCGCGAGACCGCGGCUUCGGAGCUGGCCAGGCUGGUCACCAAAGAUGCCGCUGUGGCGCUGGCGCUGGCCGACGAGCACGCCGACGCGUUGCACGACGCGGCGCAGGAGGAGGAGGUUGGCAAAGUCUUCCGCGACAGCUGCGCCAAGGCUGUGGGUAAGAUCGACGCGGCGCACGCGCAGGCGGCCGACGACGCAGCCAGGCACGGCACAACGCAGCACAGGGCUUCCACUUCUGGUUCAUGAGCCGCCGGGAGUUCCUGGCACUGCCUGAGGACAGGCCAAUGCCCCGCCACCAGACCCUGAGGGAUCAGGGCAAGUUGGUGCGCAUCUUCAUGACCGACGCAGACGUCCUGUCUGGAGCGGCGAGGACAAAGGCUGCAGUCAGCCAUCGCUGGGUCAGGCAUUGGCACAUUGACCCGGACUGCACCAAGCUGAAGAAACUGAAGACGAUUCUGCGCGAGAGCCCGGACAUCACCCACGUCUGGAUCGACUGGGCGUGCAUUCCGCAGAAAUGGAAGGACGACGCCACGGAAGGGCGCAAAACAUUCGUGGAGCAGGAGGAAUUCAACAGGACUUUGGCGAACGUCCUCCCAUAUCCGUAAUGGCUUCGCCCCCUGCCGCCGGCCCCCUCUCUCGGAGAAUGGGCCAUGGAAGAGCUAAGUCAUGAGGCUUUGGCGCUGUCGUGCAGCAGUAUCGGAACUUCAUGCGGGGCCGAUUCGCAAUCGGCAAAACCAACUGAUCACAAGAGGGGUUACCACACAGGGCGAUUGGUAAGACGUGUAUGGUUUACGAGCUUGGUUACCACACCUUGGGAUUAAAGGGCCGAGGGAGUACUCGCAGUUUGGGUUACCACGCCUUGCGAUGGAUGUGCGUGAGGGGUGGCACCGAAUUUCAGAAAUGUGGCAAAUCCCCUGUGUUUUUGGACCCUGACCCCGCGGAUCUGCGUGAGGGGUGGCACC